AUGUUCAAAGUCUACCCGGAAUUCGAGCAAACCCAAGCCUCGCGGCCAGAUUUUCGCCGCGAUGCCGAGAUCACAUACACCAAGUCCCCAACCCCUACAUGGAAGCAAGGCGAUGGCGCAAAUGACGGCGGUGAGAGCCUGAAGAAAGACCACGUUGAGAUCGACCCCAACGAGGAGGGCCGCCCCGUGGCCUCGAACUAUAAGUUCCUGAUCUCAGGAAUGGUCCCACGACCGAUCGCACUCGUCAGUACUCAGUCUGCAGAUGGCAAGACUACAAACCUUGCUCCGUUCAGCUACGCACAGGUCAUCAACCACGACCCGCCACUCUUCACGAUUGGCUUUUCUGGGUCGAUGGAGAGAGCCAAGGAUUCGUUGAAAAACCUCAACGAGACUGGGGAGUGUGUUAUUAACAUUAUCUCGGAGCAUUUUGUUGAAGCGGCCAACUCUACUUCUAUCAAUGCUCCGUAUGGUGUCUCUGAGUGGGAGACUUCGGGGCUACACCAGGCGCCUACCUCUGUUGUUAAGCCUGCCCGCGUCAAGGAGUCCAUUCUCUCUAUUGAGGGCAAGCUUGUUGAGUUGAAGGAGUUUGAGAGUCGGGUCACCCCGGGUAAGAAGUCGGGUGUGCUUGCUAUUAUUGAGGGCGUUCGUUUCUGGGUUAGGGAUGACGCUAUCAACGAGGAAAGAAAUGUUGUUGAUUUGAAGGUUCUUAAGCCUAUAAGUCGCCUAGGUGGUAUCUCAUAUGGUCGAACCACGGAGGCCAUGGAGAUCCCUAGACCGCAAUUUUAG